AUGUCGACAAAGCUGGGGAAGAGGAAGGACAGGGAAGAGGACCAGGCUCCCGAAGGUGGCCAUGGUUCGACGCUUUUCGUCUCGAAUCUGCCGUACACCGCGACUUCGGUUGACCUGCAGACGUUGUUCUCGGAUAUCGCGCCUGUGAGGUCGGCGUUUGUCGUGACUGAGCAAGGCACGGGUGUGUCGAAGGGUGUUGGAUAUGUUUCGUUUGCGUUGAAGGAGGAUGCGGAGAGUUGUUAUACCAAAAUUUCCGAGGAGGGUUUGACGCUUGCUGGGCGGCCCAUUCGAGCUCAGUGGGCUGAUAAAAAGAAUCGGCGUAAAGAACCCAAGGAGGAGGGAGAGAAGAAGGAAUCAAAACCGAAACCUGCACAAGCCAAGGCGUUUGUGAAAGUACCUCAUGAUCCCAUGGCUAUUAGGGCGAUUAUCGUCUCUGGUUUGCCUUCCGGAAUCGAUUCCAAAACAUUAUGGAAGAAGAUUCGAAAAUGCCCGGGAGCGGAAAAGCUGGAGUGGCCGCAGAAAAAAGAGAAUGGGGAGGAGGAUCCUUCGACUGCUCAAGUCAUCUUCGCGAAACCAAGCAACGCACAAGACGCCGUAACCAAACUGCACGCGCACGUCUACAAGGGUUCUCUUCUCUCCGUCACCCUCAAGAAACGACUUGAAAAUCUCGCCAAACCGAUCCUGAAAAAAGGGGCCAAGCCGGCUGAGAAUGCGCCUACUGCUGUGGCUCCGAGCCGUGCUAGCCGUCUCAUUGUCAGGAACUUGCCAUUCGAUGUCACCGAGCAAGACCUUAGAGCUCUUUUCCUCCCACAUGGCCCCGUGUACUCGAUCGAUAUCCCCAAGGUGGAGGAGACGGUGAAGGGGAAGGAGGGUGAAGAGGAUAAGGUGGUGCAGAGGAACAAGGGUUUCGCGUUCGUGUGGAUGUUGAGCAAGAAGGAUGCGGAGAAGGCGUUGGAGGCGUGUAAUGGCAAGGCGGUCAAGGCGGGUAUGGCGGAGGAGUUGGUUUUGGAUAAGCAGAAGAAGAAGAAGCAGAGGAGGUUGGAGAAGAAGAUGGCGGCUGCUGCUGCCGCUGCUGCUAAGAAGGAGGGCGCGGAGGGAGAGGAUGGAGCAAAGGGAGAGGAAGACGAGGAGGAGGAUGACGACAAGAUGGAUGUGGAUGAGGAAAAGAAGAAGAGUGCUAAAGAGCGGGUCAUUGCUGUGGAUUGGGCGUUGAGUAAGGAGAAGUGGAAGGAGGAGGUGGCCAAGGCGGAGCAGGUUAAUGUGGACGCGGAGAUGGCAUCUGCCUCUGGCUCGGGCUCGGAGGAUGAAGAUGACGACGAAAGUGGUUCGGGUUCCUCGGGAAGCGAGUCUGAAGAUGAUAGCGAUGACGAGGGACUGGGUGUGCACGGAGAGGACAGCGGGAGUGAAAGCGACAGCCAACCCUCCGAUUCUGACGACGAGGAUUCAAGAGACGAUGACGACGUUCCCGUCAAACCUCAGUUACCACCCCCAGAAAGCGGUACAACACUCUUCAUCCGGAACGUGCCAUGGGAAGCAACCGAGGAUGAUUUGAGGACACUGUUCCGUGCCUUUGGUCCCCUUCGCUAUGCACGGAUAACGAUGGACCCAGAGACCGGGCGCUCUCGCGGUACAGGGUUUGCGUGCUUCUGGAACAAGGAGGAUGCAGACAAAGUCAUCGAGCAGAGCGACAUUCUCAAAGCGGAGACGAUGGGGCAAGCAGCGACGCCCAAGAAGAACCCAUUCAGCCUCCCCUCCAUCUUGACUCCCGAUCCAUCGUCCAGUUUGGCAAGGACAUUGGUUUUGCAUGGGAGAACGCUUGAUGUGGUUAGAGCUGUGACGAGGGAUGUGGCGAGUAGACUCAAGGAGGAGGGUGAAAAGUUGAGGGAGAAGCAGGAUAAGCGCAACAUGUAUCUCUUGCGGGAAGGAGUGAUCUUCCCGAACUCCCCCGCUGCGGCCCACCUCCCACCAGCAGAACUCGAACGCCGCAACUUAUCCUACAACUCUCGCAAAGCGUUGCUCAAGUCCAACCCGUCCCUCUACGUCUCCCGCACGCGUCUAAGUAUCCGCCAGUUACCCAUCUUCGCUACCGAGCGGAUGCUCAAGCGACUCGCCAUCCAUGCCAUCCGUGCUUUCAACAUCGAGUUCAAGGAGGGUAAAAGGGAGGGUCUUACGCCGGAUGAGUUGACGGAGAGGUCGGAAGAGAAUCUGGAAAGGAUUUUGAGGGAGGGUAUUGCGGAGCAGGAGGGGCAGGAGGCGAAGCCUGUGAAAGCUAAGGUGAAGGCGAAGGGCAAGGGAAGGGAUACGGGUGUCAAGCAGGCGAAGAUUGUUCGUCAGGCGGAGCGUGUUGAUCCUAUUACUGGCAAGGGACGGAGUAAAGGAUAUGGGUUCCUCGAGUUGCAUCGACAUGCUGAUGCUCUACGGGUCCUGCGGUGGUCGAAUAACAACCCCAAGGUCAAUAGUUUGUUCGAGGAGUGGUGGCAAGAGGAGAUGAAGGAUAUUUUGAAGAAGGAGCAGGCGAAGAAGGGGGAGGAGAGGGAUGAGGAUAGGAUUAAGAGGAUUAAGAAUGAGAUUGAGGCGUUGGAGGAGGGGGAGAAGAGGAGGGAGGGUAGGGGGAGGUUGAUUGUCGAGUUUUCGAUUGAGAAUGUGCAGGUUGUGCAGAGGAGGGCUGGGGGGAAGCAGGAGAGGCCUAAGGGCAAGGAGGGGGAGAAGGAGGCGGAAGUAUCUCCAAUCAAAAAGGCGCAUGGCGCCUCCGGAAAGAAGGGCCCGUCGAAGCAGAAAGAUGGACGCGACCGCAAUGCAAAGACCACAUCAGAUAACCAGGAGCCUCCAGCGAAGAGACAAAAGAAGAGCAAGGACGAUUCCGAGUCUACUGCUUCAUCGCCUUCGAAACCGAAGAAACCUUUCAAUCCUGUCGGGUCGCUAAUAGGAAGGAAGAGAAAGGCUCGCAAACUCAAAAAGGCGUAG